UCAGCCGGGCCCCGCCUCCUUCCUGACGUAUGGUAUUAUUCCCGGGGCUGUCAUGGCGGCUCAGAAGAUCAAUGAAGGGCUGGAGCACCUGGCCAAGGCAGAGAAAUACUUAAAAACAGGUUUUCUAAAAUGGAAGCCAGACUAUGACAGCGCAGCCUCUGAAUAUGCCAAGGCGGCUGUUGCUUUUAAGAAUGCCAAGCAGUAUGAUCAAGCUAAAGAUGCAUAUUUGAGGGAAGCCGAAGCUUAUGAAAAUAACAAAGCACUCUUCCAUGCUGCCAAGGCCUUUGAACAAGCAGGGAUGAUGUUAAAGGAGAUGCAGAAGCUCCCAGAAGCCGUCUAUUUGAUAGAGAAAGCCAGCAUGAUGUUUCUGGAGAAUGGCACCCCUGACACAGCUGCCAUGGCACUAGAGAGAGCUGGCAAGCUAAUAGAGAACGUCAAUUUGGAAAAAGCUGUUCAGUUAUACCAACAAUCUGCAUCCGUCUUUGAGAAUGAAGAACGUUUACGUCAAGCUGUGGAACUUUUAGGGAAAGCGUCAAGACUUCUAGUGAGAGCUCGACGGCUAGAUGAAGCUGUGGCAUCUAUUCAGAAGGAGAAAAAUAUGUACAAAGAAAUAGAAAAUUAUCCAACAUGUUACAAGAAAACCAUUGCCCAAGUGCUAGUACAUCUACAUAGGAAUGAUUACGUGGCUGCUGAGAAAUGUGUCAGAGAAAGUUACAGUAUUCCAGGAUUCAAUGGGAGCGAGGACUGUGCUGCACUUGAACAACUAUUAGAAGGAUAUGAUCAGCUAGAUCAAGAUCAAGUGUGUGACGUUUGCAACUCUCCUCUCUUCAAAUACAUGGAUAACGAUUAUGCUAAACUGGCUCUGAGCUUGGCCGUACCAGGAGGUGGAACCAAGAAGAAAUCUCCGGCAACCUCACAGGAUUCCGCCUCUGCGCCUGCACAGGGGGGCCCCAAACGUGAAGAGGACGAUGAUGAAUAUGAAGGAGGACUGUGCUAAUAAUCUACUCUGUUUGCUUGUGACUGCACAUGUGUGUCUGUGGAAUCCAGUCUGCUCAGAAUAAAGAGGACGUACCUCUAUGCGGAUGUUCGUAAAUUGCUUUGUCUGGCACAAAACAAAAACUCAUUUCCACUUCUACCACAUUCUUUCUGAUAAGAGCUCCAUUGAUGCCAAUAUUUAUCAAAAGGUCUAUGGAUCAAUGUUAUGCCCCAGUGUAGCACAUCUAGUAAUUGUAUCUAGAAUAUGAAAUAUAACUGUGGCAUGUAACUUUAUUUUAUUUUUUUUCAUUUAUUAGUUUCUCCAACUAUAAGUGAAUGAUGUUUUGUAUAAAUGUGUUUUCUGUAAAUUACUAGAAGUAAUUAUGAAAUGGCUAUUAAAUAUUUAAAGAUGGCUCUAUGUGUGAUCAGAGCUGCUUUUGAUAUACAUGUAUGAAUAUAAUUUAAUAUAUACUAUAAACCUAUCCAUCCAGUGUG